AUAUGGUGAGGACAGUCUGUCUAAAUUAAAUAUAUGGACGGAAAUGUUCGGAUUUCCUAAGGGAGGUUCUUUGAGUAAAUUAAAAAUCAAAAACCUAAGAGAUAAAUUACAAGAGUGUGAAGAUGGAAUAAAAAAGAAGAGCAGAAUUAAAGGGAAAGACUUAGAAAAACUGGACAGUCACAGAAAGUGUUUGAAAUACUGGGAAGAUGAAGCAGAGUGCCGUGAAAGAAGGCAAUUGGCUGCGGCAAUAAGAAAAAUACAGGUUGACGAUAAAGGAGAAGAAAAAGAGAAAAAUAGUUUCAUACCACCACCCAAGUAUAAACCACACACUUCCCUUUAUCCCUCUCUUUACACAGGCGUGGAGGACCCUCUCCUCGACUGUGGAUUUCCAUUCCCCCCUCCCCCACCCCCCGUUCACCUGCCAGCUGAGGAAGCUGAGGAGGCGGCUGGAGGUGAGGUCACCGCCAAACUGGAAAGGACGGUCCAGGAGAAGAAAGAGAAGAGAGAAAGAGAGGAGAAGGAAGCGGAACUCUACAGAAAAGAACACCCCCGCAAACCGGACCAGGACUUAAAUUACAAUCUUCCCAUGAUCCAGGUGGCUGGACCUGCUGGUCCGUCACUCGUUUACCGCCCAUGGACCAUAUCGGAUAUGAGGGAAAUAGCAAAAGAUCAUAUCCCAGAUGUUGAGUUAGGGGGUGCUAAAUUUGCUGCAGCACUAAACAUGUUCUGUCGACAAUUCACACCCACUAUGCCGGAGAUAAAGACAUUGUUGACUCUGAGAAUGGGUCCGACACACGUCAGCCAUUUCGCCGAAAUACUGGGAGGUCAACAGCACGUGGUUGCCCCACUCUGGGAUGAUGACUUGAACAAUACCUACCGCACUGCUUUGGCUAGACUAGAGGCCGCAAUAACUACAAAGUUCCCCGCCAAAGUCGACAUGUCAAGAAUCUGGGCAUGUAAGCAGACCCCGGAGGAAACAGUAAAUUACUAUUUCCACCGCUUAGAAAAAGUGUUCACGGAGAACAGCGGCAUUAUCAAACAAGAGGCUGGGGCACAAGGAGUAGCCGAAAUAGGAGUCUGGGAAACACACCUCACAAAUGCUUUCCUCAACGGCCUAUCUCCAGCCAUUUCGGCAUCGGUGCGAAACUCCUGCAUUGGCGUAAUGGAAGGUGCCCGGCUGGAAGAAAUUCGCCGACAUGCCGUGCAUGCCGAAAAACGCCUCCUUAGAAGAAAAAGCCAGCGAGGAAAAUAA